AUGGCGGACCAAGGUUACAUGUCAUCCGGCUCUGGUAGCGGACGUGUAUCAGGUGGAGAGGGUGGUGACAGAAACUCUGUUGUUUUGAAGGUUGGAAUGGUGGGGGACUCGCAGAUUGGAAAAACGUCCUUGAUGGUGAAGUAUGUGGAAGGGAGUUUUGACGAGGACUAUAUACAGACACUCGGCGUCAACUUUAUGGAAAAAACGAUCAGCAUACGGAAUACCGAGAUCACCUUUUCAAUAUGGGAUCUUGGAGGUCAGCGAGAAUUUGUGUCCAUGCUUCCCCUGGUGUCCAACGAUGCAGUCGCCAUCCUCUUCAUGUUUGAUCUUACUCGGAAAGCCACCCUCAACAGCGUCAAAGAAUGGUACCGUCAAGCCCGAGGCUUCAACAAGACUGCUAUACCAGUCUUGAUCGGCACAAAGUACGACCAGUUCGCUGGGUUUUCGAGAGAAGAACAGGAGGAGAUCACCAAGCAAGCCAAGAGGUUCUCGAAGGCUAUGCACGCGCCAUUGAUAUUUUGCUCCACAUCACACUCUAUCAACGUUCAAAAGAUCUUCAAAAUUGUACUUGCAAAGGCUUUUGAUUUGAAGUGUGUGAUUCCAGAGAUAGAUGAGGUUGGGGAACCUAUCAUAAUCUAUCAGGACCUUUAG